UAUUGAAGUUAAAAUAUAAAUUAAUAAUGUUGAAAUAUAAAACAAAUUUUUCUUCUGAAAUAAAAAAAGGCCAAAUUGGCCACAAAAACACGAAACAGAAGAAUAUUAGUAAAGCAUGCAGAAACAACUUUUUUUAGGUAGUCGGAUAGGAAGAAGCAUGUGAAUUUACAUUCAAGUCCCGCGAAAAACGUGAUGAUAUAUAUGUAGGCGAUAUCGGUAUCGUAGGUAGGGAAUAUCUAUGUUAGAUAUGAUUGUCAGUUGUUGUCAGAAGAAAAGACAGUUUGUCUCACUUAUACUCCCGCGCAUCGGAGGUUUCGAAGCUUGCUUUUUGUGGAAAUGAAGGCAAAUAUAUGUAAAAAACAACAUUCAAUUAUUUAUUCUUUUUGUCACGGAUAGUAUCUGUACAAUAAAAGAAAAUGUUUGGCUUAUUCCCAAAAAUGAUCUUCGUAUCAAAAAUGAAAAACAUUUUCGUAGGAAGGUUUAAAGAGGAAAAAAACAAUGGACAUCAAAAGUACGUAGUAUGGGCAAUGAAACGUAAUGUGGGUAGAAUAAUAACAAAAUGUUUUGUAAUGGGAGAUUACAGUUCUGGUUAACUGGGAAACAUGGUUACCAACGUGUUGAAUUCAUACGAACUAGCAAGGUUUAAGAAUCAUAAGAUCGGUUCAAUUAAUCGAAAAGGACAAUAAAAUAUCAAUUUCAAAAGUGUGUAGGUGAAGAAUUAAAAAUAAAGUCCAAAAAGUAAUACCUUGUGCGUAAAACGUUUUGAACCGUGACAAUAUGAUAGUGGAACAUUUACCAUACCGAUUAAUAUUGCUUACUAUUAAUGAGAUAAAUUGUCUGACCAUAUCGGUUUUUACAUGUUUGUCAUUUAAAUUAUACAAACCGAAACAUGUAAACCAAUUUAACAAUGCAAUUGUUGCAAGGAACAAUUCGAGAAUGUUGUAUAUUAAUAUAAUAUUGCAGUUGUCAGAGAUAUAUUCGUAACCUAUAAUAUAAUCAUGAUGCCUAUCACUAGGUAGCCGGUGCAGACUACACUUGCGUAUUAGCUGGAUAUUGUGCAAGUAACUUCACCUUCUCCUCCAAUAAUUGCUAUAAAUACAUGCUCCCAGAUCAAUAUGGCGAUAUAAAGAAUCAUCACCAAAUCCAGUUUUCUUUGUGCCAUCCCGAAGAUUGGCUUAAAAUAAGGUAGCUAAAUUUUUAACCUUUUUUAGGGUUUAUCAUUUACUGAUAAAGAUAAAGUAUUUGCUGCUUUAGAUUAUUUUAGAUUUCCAUACACAAGUAUUUAACAUUGACUGGAAAUUUUUAAACGAUUUUGUAUAGAUGGGAAGAUUGGUGAAGCUCUCUUUAGGGCUUUGGACUAAAAAUUCAAAUGGAGAUUGGUCGUUUGAGGUAACUUCUUCUUAUCACGGUGAAGCCAUCAUAAUCAACAACAACGAAACCUUUGAUGGUCUGGUCGAGUUGAUUCGUAUAAGGUUAAAUCUCGGGAUACUAACUCCCGUUGCCUUGACUUAUCAACUCCCUGACUGGAUGAAUGUCCCUGAUGGUCCAAAAACGCCGCCGAUCACCUUAUCCUGUGACAAGGAUGUUGAAAUUCUGACAAGUGUAAGAGACUACAUGUCCGAGGCGGUGCUCUACGUAACUAGUGGACCUGAACUAGUUGCAAGGUACGAGUUCUUGCGUCGAUCGCCUUUCACUAUAGGUGAUACAACUUACCUCGAAGAGGGCGUAUCAGAAGCCCAACAUCGUCAAGCCAUUCUUGAUUUGGUUGGAGGCCAUCCAAUCGUAUGUAGCAAACACAUAUUGGAAAUAAUGUUCAAUGAGCCACAACUCCUCAUUGUAUUUCGUGUUGCUCUUGAGAUAGAAAUGGUAUAUGGUCUGCCUAAUGACAACGUCCAAGCAGAAGAGGCAACAGGGUUUCCACGGUUAACCGUCGACGAUGUUGUAGCUAUGGCAGAAGCCGGUACCAUUUCACCGGAGGAAGAGUUCUACUACGCUGAAAAUGAAGAAGUGCUCUACGGUGAACCGAUGAAUAUUGAGGAGUUGCAAUAUGAAAUCCCAAUUGGCCAACCAGCAUCUCUUCUGAAUCAUUCAACCCCUCUACAAGUGGAGCCGCUAAAUGUUUGGAGAGACAUGACGGAGGAAGAGGAAUACUGGGAUGGAAUAGCCGGUCAUGAAAAUGACUAUGAAGUGUACUAUGCACAUUCAACCCACCCAACUGAAGGUGUGAUUGGUUUGCCUCUUGCUCCAAAUCGAAGAAUCGCAGCCCCCCAACCAGCAACAAUAAUCAUCAUCGACGAUGAUGACGGCUCGACCACUGCUUCUUCAGACGGGUUGAACGAAAACAACAUCAUCACUUCUGCCCCUCCAUCUGAAGUUAUCGCAACAAUUGCCAUUGAACUAUCAAACAAUGGACCGAGUGUUAUGGAAGGUGAUAUCUCUACAGCAGUGGGUAACAUAAACCAAGCAGGAUCUUCGGAAUUUCCUAUUGGCCCAACUCUAGAGGACAACUCCAACAAGGCAGAACCUACCCUUGAUCUAACCCUUACUCUUGGAAAUAAAGUACCAAGCAAUGGAGAUGUUCCCGUCGAAUCUUUGAAUGGCUCGUGCUCUGAUCCGGAUGAGGGCAGCGGUGUGUUUCGUCCCUUCUUUUAAGAACUGCAUGUUUAAAUCUAUUAGAAUAAAUAAGUUGCCUCUUUUGUUGUGAAAUAGUUGGCUCAAGAAUAUCGUAUUUUGGCUUGUUUGAACACCACCGAUGCAGAACUUAUAUGUUUGUGGAAGUUUGUAAUGUGAAAAUAUGAAUGUAAAAUAUGUUAUCCUAUUUUAUAUUUCUCAAUUAGUAACUAACAAAGGCCGGAAAUCCGAAUAUUGUAGGAAACGAAACAAAUAAUUCUGAGGAAUUAUAUGUGGGAAAGAUUUUCAGAAAUAGAGCUGAUUUCAAACAACAAAUGGCAUCUUACGCAUUGAGAUGUAAAUUCCGGUUUAAAAACUCACGUUCAUCACCAGAUGGGAUGGUUCUUCAGUGCAUAAGUUUAACAUGCAAUUGGAGGGUUUAUGCAGUAAAACUGAAGAAUGUUGAAAAAUAUGAAGUUCGAAAACUAAAUUUGGACCAUACAUGUUCCGUCGACGAACGUGCAGGUAUACAACAAACAAUUUAGUAAACCAUACUAACCGAAUCAGGCCAAGUUCGUAACAAAUAUAUUACUUUCGAGUAAAGAAAAUAUAGAAAUAAAAUAUUAAAUAAGUCUUUCUAAGAACAAAAUUUUUUUCAAUUUUUCUUACAUAUGGUAUCCU